AGGAGGUAGAAGCUUUCAGAAUGAAAAAGGAGGAAGAGAAGGAUGUUAUCGUGAAAAAAGUGGAAGAACCUUUUAGAGAGGAAGAGGAUGAUAUCUCAAUGAAGGUAAAGGAGGACGACGUUUUGGGAGUGAAAGAGGAGGAAGGAGAGGAAGAGGAGACUGAAGAUCUGAUUAACACCGAAGACCGACCAGAAUCAGAGGAACCGGAGACGUCUGAACCAGCGAGACGACACCACUGUUCACAGUGUGGAAAGAUUUUUAACCAUUUAGGGAAUCUUAAAAACCAUAAGAGAACACAUGCAGAGAAGAAGUCUUACAACUGUUCCCAGUGUGGAAUGAGUUUUACCCGGUUAGGGAACCUAAAAUCGCAUGAGAGAAUACACACAGGAGACAAGCCAUACCAAUGCUUCCAGUGUGGAAAGAGAUUUAUCGAGCCAGCACAACUGAAAGUUCAUAGGAGAAAACACACAGGGGAAAAACCAUUCCAAUGCUCUCAGUGUGGAAAUACAUUUUCCCGAUCAGGGGACCUGAAAUCACAUGAGAGAACACACACAGGGGAAAAGCCUUACCACUGUUCCAAUUGUGAAAAGAGUUUCAGUUGGUCAGGGCAACUGAAAGAGCAUAAGAGAAUACACACAGGAGAGAAGCCGUUCCAAUGCUCUCAGUGUGGAAAGAGUUUUACUCAAUUAAGGAGCCUGAAAAGUCAUGAGAGGACACACACAGGGGAGAAGCCUUUCCAAUGAUCUCAGUGUGGAAAUGGUUUUACCCGGUUAGGGUACCUGAAAACACAUGAGGUGACACACAAAGGAGGGUAGCCUCACCUCUGCUCCCAGUGUGAAAGAGUUUUACUCAAUUAAGGGUCCUGAAAGAGCAGGAGAGAAUAAAUACUCUUCAUGUCACUACUCAUUGUGGAAAGACAUGUUCUGGCUUAUGGUUUUGACUGAGAAUUUGUGUUUUUGUCAUGAAAUCUAAUUGUAUAUAUUAAAUCAUACUCACAAAUAGGUCGACAUUUGUUUUUUAUAUUUGAGAUUCUUCAAAGUAGCCACCCUUUG